AUGUCGCCAAACCAAGAAGUUUACCGUUAUGCCUUCCCAGAUUCCCCUCCUCACAUCAGCUACGGCAUCCCCUUCCACGAGUCAUGCGCCAAACACGUCAGUGAGACCUUCAAUGCCAAGCGUGUGUACAUUAUCGCGUCCGGCUCUCUGUCUCGCCAAACAGACAACAUCAAGAAGCUCGAAACAGCACUUGAUGGUAAAGUUGUGGGCAUCCGCCAUGGCAUGACGCCUCAUACUUUGUGCUCUGAGGCACUGGCGAACGAUGUCUCAACAGUAGAUGAUCUGAUCAACAUGCACGUCAAUGGCCUUGGUGACGAGCGUUCGGACAUGAAAGCUCCUACCGUUCCCAUAAUCAGCAUUCCCACCUCCCUCUCUGGUGGAGAAUACACACGACCAGGCGGUGCAACCGACGACCGGAAUCACCGCAAACAGCUCUUCCCCAGUCGCGGACCACUUCUCGUUGUUCUAGAUCCACAGCUUACGACCACAACACCAGAUUCUAUCUGGCUGUCUACUGGUAUCCGCUCCGUUGACCACUGUGUGGAAGCCAUGUGCUCAUUGGAGUCUAAUCCUGGAGCCGAUGAGCGCGCUACCAAAGGCUUGAAAGCAUUAGUUCCUGGCUUGUUACGCUGUAAAGCCAAUGCAAACGAUCUUGAUGCCAGACUUGCCUGCCAACUAGGCGUCAUCGAUGCCAUUGGUGCCGUCUUCUUCGACAAAGCACCACUAGGGGCAAGUCAUGGUAUCGGUCAUCAACUCGGUCCCCUAGGCGUCGGCCACGGCGAAACAAGUUGUAUCAUGCUCCCCUCCGUCUGCAAAUACAACGCCCACACCAACCCCUCCCAACAAUCCAAAGUCCGAAACGUGUUCUGGCAAGACGAUGUUGUUAAACAAGUCCUACAGAACCAUGGUUUGCAGGAGCAAACAGCAGAUUUGGGAGAUUGUCUUAAGGCUAUUGUCAAGGAACUUGGUCUUCCUGGGAGGUUGAGAGAUGUCGGUGUAGCAGAGGAUAAGUUUGAUAUGCUUGCGGAGAAUAGUCUUAGUGAUUUCUGUUGUAAGACUAAUCCUAUUCCUCUCAAGGAGAAAGAGCAGGUUAUUGAGAUUUUAAAGAUGGCUUUGUGA